CAGAACUGGUUUCAGUAGCCAGUUUGUAGGUUAAACAAAAAAAUUAAAAAAAAAAAAAAUUAAUCCUGAACAGCUACCUGAACUACAUGAGAAAACAGAGUGACCUGGGCUAGUAACUGGACAACUGACUAAAUGAGAAAGUGGAGGUUUUUGUGUCACAAUAAAGGGGAAGGGCGGAGAGAGAAAAAUAAACAACCCAAGCAAGAAAACUCUUGUAGUUUCUAUUGCCUUUCUUCCAUCUAUGUGUGAGAGUAAGUGGGAAGGGAAGAAUCUCAAAGCCUAUGAGAUCAGUCUUGAACAAACAGAGGAAGGGAGGUUCUGAAUUAAAAAGCAUUUUUACAGCAUCCAAUAAUGCAAUGGCUGGAAGACCACGAUGCGUCAGAUUAACUGGGUGGACACACUGGAUAUUAUCAACUAUUCUGCUGCUGUGGAGUUACCAGAUCAGUGGACAAGGACAAGGAUCUCGUCUCCGCCAGGAGGACUUUCCACCUCGGAUUGUUGAACAUCCUUCAGAUGUGAUAGUCUCUAAAGGAGAACCAACGACCCUGAACUGUAAAGCUGAAGGACGGCCAACUCCUACUAUUGAGUGGUACAAAGAUGGAGAGCGAGUGGAAACUGACAAAGAUGAUCCUCGCUCCCACCGUAUGCUGCUGCCUAGCGGAUCUUUAUUUUUCUUACGUAUUGUACAUGGACGCAGGAGUAAACCUGAUGAAGGAAGUUAUGUUUGCGUAGCAAGGAACUAUCUUGGAGAAGCUGUGAGUCGCAAUGCAUCUCUGGAAGUGGCAUUGCUACGGGAUGACUUCCGCCAAAACCCUACAGAUGUUGUGGUGGCAGCUGGAGAGCCUGCCAUACUGGAGUGCCAGCCACCUCGUGGACACCCUGAGCCUACCAUCUACUGGAAGAAGGAUAAAGUCCGCAUUGAUGACAGGGAAGAGCGGAUCAGUAUACGUGGUGGGAAGCUAAUGAUCUCUAAUACACGAAAAAGUGAUGCUGGCAUGUACACUUGUGUUGGAACCAACAUGGUGGGGGAGCGAGACAGCGAUCCAGCAGAGCUGACUGUCUUUGAGCGGCCCACGUUUCUCAGGCGGCCAAUUAACCAAGUGGUGCUGGAGGAGGAGGCCGUGGAUUUCCGGUGCCAGGUGCAGGGGGACCCGCAGCCAACCGUCCGCUGGAAGAAAGACGACGCAGACCCACCGAGAGGAAGGUAUGACAUCAAAGAUGACUACACUUUGCGCGUUAAGAAGGCUAUGAGCACAGAUGAAGGAACCUACACAUGCAUUGCGGAGAAUCGAGUUGGAAAAGUGGAAGCCUCUGCUACCCUUACUGUGCGAGCUCGCCCCGUUGCUCCUCCACAGUUUGUGGUGAGACCACGAGAUCAAAUUGUAGCCCAGGGUCGAACAGUGACUUUUCCUUGUGAAACGAAAGGAAAUCCCCAACCAGCUGUUUUUUGGCAAAAAGAAGGAAGCCAGAAUCUGCUCUUCCCAAACCAGCCUCUGCAACCCAACAGCAGGUAUUCAGUGUCACCAACUGGAGACCUCACUAUUACCAACAUUCAACGGUCUGAUGCGGGCUACUACAUUUGUCAAGCACUGACGGUUGCUGGAAGCAUUUUAGCAAAGGCUCAGCUGGAGGUCACUGAUGUCUUGACAGAUAGACCUCCACCCAUCAUCCUCCAGGGGCCUGUCAAUCAGACGCUGGCAGUGGAUGGGACAGCUCUGCUGAAGUGCAAGGCUACCGGUGACCCGCUUCCCGUUAUCAGCUGGUUGAAAGAAGGCUUCACCUUCCUGGGCAGAGACCUUCGAACAUCCAUACAGGAUCAGGGGACACUUCAGAUUAAAACUCUGCGGCUGUCUGAUACUGGAACUUACACUUGCGUUGCUACAAGUUCAAGUGGGGAGACAUCAUGGAGUGCUGUGCUGGAGGUGACAGAGUCGGGUGGAGCAACAGUCAGUAAAAAUUAUGAUAUAAACGACCUCCCUGGGCCACCAUCCAAACCUCAGGUCACUGAUGUUACUAAGAACAGUGUCACCCUGUCCUGGCAACCAGGGACCCCUGGAAGCCUACCAGCUAGUGCAUAUAUCAUUGAGGCUUUUAGUCAGUCUGUGAGCAAUAGCUGGCAAACAGUGGCUAACCAUGUGAAGACCACUCUCUACACUGUGAGAGGACUGCGCCCCAAUACAAUCUACCUGUUUAUGGUGAGAGCUAUCAAUUCACAAGGUCUGAGUGAUCCCAGCCCAAUGUCAGAUCCUGUCCGAACACAAGAUAUCAGCCCACCAGCACAAGGUGUGGAUCACAGGCAAGUUCAGAAAGAACUAGGAGAUGUCAUUGUACGACUACAUAACCCUGUUGUGCUGACACCCACGACAAUUCAAGUCACCUGGACAGUUGACCGCCAAUCGCAGUUUAUUCAGGGCUACCGAGUAAUGUAUCGCCAAACGUCUGGCCUACCGUCUCCAGCUGUGUGGCAGAAUUUAGAGGUCAAAGUCCCAACAGAGCGCAGUGCUGUUCUAGUCAACCUGAAAAAGGGGGUCACUUAUGAAAUUAAAGUUCGCCCUUAUUUCAAUGAAUUCCAAGGAAUGGACAGUGAAUCAAAGUCAGCUCGUACCACGGAGGAAGCUCCAAGUGCCCCUCCUCAGUCUGUUACUGUCCUGACAGUUGGAAACCACAACAGCACAAGCAUCAGCAUCUCCUGGGAUCCUCCCCCUCCAGAUCACCAAAAUGGAGUCAUCCAGGAGUACAAGAUCUGGUGCCUAGGUAAUGAGACUCGAUUUCAUAUCAACAAAACAGUAGAUGCAGCCAUUCGGUCUGUAGUAAUAGGUGGCCUAUAUCCAGGUAUUCAGUACCGUGUGGAAGUUGCUGCAAGCACCAGUGCAGGUGUGGGAGUAAAAAGUGAGCCACAACCCAUAAUAAUUGGAGGUCGUAACGAAGUUGUCAUUACUGAAAAUAACAACAGCAUAACAGAGCAAAUCACUGAUGUUGUCAAACAGCCUGCCUUUAUAGCUGGCAUUGGUGGUGCAUGUUGGGUAAUUCUGAUGGGUUUCAGCAUCUGGUUGUACUGGCGCAGAAAGAAGAGGAAGGGGCUCAGUAAUUAUGCUGUCACUUUCCAAAGAGGAGAUGGAGGACUAAUGAGCAAUGGAAGUCGACCAGGUCUGUUGAAUGCAAGUGACCCCAGUUAUCCUUGGCUUGCAGACUCUUGGCCUGCCACAAGUCUGCCAGUAAACAACAGCACUAGUGGACCCAAUGAUCUUGGCAAUUUCAGUCGUGGAGAUGUGCUGCCACCAGUGCCGGGGCAAGGAGAUAAAACUGCUACUAUGCUUUCUGAUGGAGCCAUUUACAGCAGCAUUGACUUCACCACAAAAACUAGUUACAACAGUUCCAGCCAAAUAACGCAAGCUACACCAUAUGCCACCACCCAGAUACUGCAUUCCAACAGCAUCCAUGAGUUGGCAGUUGACUUACCUGAUCCUCAGUGGAAGAGCUCAAUUCAGCAAAAAAAUGACCUGAUGGGAUUUGGUUACUCUCUCCCAGACCAAGGCAAAGGCAACAAUGCCUUGCUUUACAUCCCUGACUACCGUGUGGCUGAGGGAUUGGCUAAUAGAUUACCACACAACCAGUCACAGGAUUUCAGCACCACCAGCUCCCACAACAGCUCCGAAAGGAGUGGCAGCCUCUCAGGUGGCAAAGGAGGGAAAAAGAAGAAAAACAAAAAUACUGCCAAACCCCAGAAAAAUAAUGGUUCAAAUUGGGCCAGUGUUCCCCUCCCACCCCCUCCUGUGCAGCCGCUUCCAGGCACAGAGCUGGAACACUACGGGGUGGAUCAGCAAGAAGCAGGAUAUGACAGUGACGGUUGGUGUCCGCCUUUGCCCGUUCAGACCUACCUCCAUCAGGGCAUGGAGGAUGAGCUUGAAGAAGACGAUGAUCGUGUUCCCACACCUCCUGUGCGAGGAGUAGCUUCAUCGCCCGCAAUCUCCUUUGGGCAACAGUCAACUGCAACCCUCACGCCUUCUCCACGAGAGGAGAUGCAGCCAAUGCUUCAAGCCCACCUUGAUGAAUUAACCAGGGCCUACCAGUUUGAUAUAGCAAAGCAGACAUGGCACAUCCAAAGCAAUACACAACCUCCUCAGGCUCCAGUUCCACCUCUAGGAUAUGUAUCUGGAAACCUUAUUUCAGACUUGGAAACAGAUGUUCCAGACGAUGAUGAGGAUGAUAUUGAAGAAGAAACUGUAGAAAUCAGCAGGCCACUGAGAGGUCUAGAGCAUACUCCAGGCUCCAGUAUGGACAAUCUAGACAGCUCUGUGACAGGCAAAGCAUACCCUUCCUCUCAGAGACCUCGGCCAAGCAGUCCUUUUUCUACUGACAGCAACACCAGUGGAGCUGUCAAUCAGAGGCCGAGGCCCACUAAAAAACACAAGGGAGGCCGGUUGGACCAACCCCCCUUGCCUCAUCGCAGGGAGGGAAUAACAGACGAUCUUCCACCACCACCCGACCCGCCUCCCGGUCAGGUAAGGCAGCAAAUAGUCCCUGGCCAGCGUGGAGGCUCGGCAGAGAGGAAAGGAAGCUCUCUUGAGAGGCAGCAUGCACCCAGCGUAGAUGACACAAAGAGCUCCUUGGACCGGCAAGCUAGGACGUCACUAGAGUGGCAGCGGCAAACCCAGGAGUGGAUAAGCUCCGCAGAUCGCCAAGAGGAUUUCAGGAAAGCCCAACACAAGCAAGCAUUCGGAUCAGAAGAGGCACUGGUACCAUAUAGUAAACCUAACUUCCCAUCCCCUGGCGGACACAGCUCUUCAGGAACAGCUUCUUCUAAAGGAUCGACCGGACCUAGAAAAGGUGAAGUCUUGCGAGGAGGUCACCAAUGCAAUGCCAGUGACCUUCUCGAUAUAGGCUAUGUGGGAUCAAACAGUCAAGGACAGUUUACUGGUGAAUUAUAGUAGUUGAGAAGACACAUUGCAAGCUGCUCUGAUGGACCAUCAGGUCUGAACUCAUGGAAGUGAUGACACAAAACAGUGCAAUGAACAUUUUCUUUAUUUAUGUACUAUUAAAAGAACUGUAAAUGCAAUGUAAAGACACACAGCCACACAUAUCCCACAGAUACUUUACUUGUGUUCUUCUCUUUAAUACACCAUUCACCUUAAACUAUUCCUUGUCAGGAGUAUAUAAAAAGGAAAAAAAAAAUAUCACCCUCCAGGAUGAAAAGGAUUUCCUUCUGUAUAUAAUUUCUUUUGUUGCAUUGCUAUGCAAGUUCGCCUUCUUUUUAGCUAUGUUCAUAUUCAUGUCUGUUUUUAUUGGUCUGUUGUACUAUAUGUGAAUUAAUAGGCUGUGGUGCCAUAUAUUAACUUUUAAUUGUGUAACUCUUAUGUUUAAAGUUUGCACUGCAGUUUUAUUUGGUGAUAAGCACAAAACUGUACUCCUCAUGACAUGAAGAAAAAAAAGAGACUGAAUGUGUGAAGAAGGUUUACGUACUGUAAGCUACUUUGGAUAAUGCUGGAUGUAAAGGAGUAUGUUAGGUGGUUUUCCAUUGGGGUGUAGAAAUGAGAAAGUGACAGGCAAAACUGAUGUCAGUGAAGACAUCAGAGACCGAUUUAAAUCUUUUAAAAGCAGGCAACAUAGUUGCUCUUCCUAUUUAAGAAGGGGUCAAAAGUUGGAACUGUUUGUUUAAAGAGUGAAUAUGAAAAUUAAUAGUAGCAUAAGAUGGCCUAGACCCUUUCACUAGAAUGAUACCCUUAGUAUCCGUUUUUAGCCAUCCAAUGCCACUAAGUAAAGGAGAAGAAAAACAAACCUAGCUACAAACAAAAGAAAUUAAGGUGUUUCACUAAAGCUGUUUUAUAUUGCAGUUUGGAAAGAAUUAUCAUUAAUUUCUGCAACCUAAAAUACAAGUCAGAAAUUUCCCAGGAGUAACAAACUGUAUAAACUCAAGGAAUACCUAGUAAGUAGUUAAGGAUGCAAUUUAUUAUUAAGACUGCUUAUUAUUCAGGCUGCUUCCAAAAAAAUUAAAUGUCAGAGUAUCUUAUUUCAUCUUUCCAAUACAUGUACAGUACAGUAAGGAUAGAGCUGCACCACUGAAAUUCAUGACAUUAAUUGUUUUGAUGCAGUCUAGACAGACUUCUGUGCUCUUUUACCUGAAGUCUGUGAGAGCUGAAGCUGAAUUCACUAAAUUUUAGUGUUUGGAAGGAAAAUAACAGUCAAAUUAUUUUCAACUUGCAUUGAGGAUAUUACUGAGAUUCAAUACAUCCAAAAAGUUGGAUAUUAGCAAAGAAAACCUUUGACUUUUUUUUUUUUUUUUUGAUGAGGAAAUAACGCAUGCUUAUAUACUUUCCAAAUAAACCAAACUCUGUAAGUGGACAUUAAUGACAGCAUCCUGUCUCUUCAUUAAUUUUCAUGACUUUGUCCAAAUCUUCUGUACCUCUCAAAUCUCAAUAAGAAAAUUUCAAACUUUUCUUAGAAUAUUGUAUGUGGGUAGCCCACUCAUUUGAUGCUUAAUUUAAAUAUUGCAUCCUACAGCUUAUUUCUGUUAGUUAUCUGACCAUGACACUAGUUUCCAUUUGAAUACCCUUUUCGUAUAACCAGUCUAUGUUGUUUUAUAUAUUGCCUUGGAGCUCACCAGUAUUAAGGACACUUUUAGUAAUGGCAGAAUUUUAGAAAAGUAAAUUAAAAUGCUAAAUAUGUGUUGCUUUUCAUUUCAUUAACUUGUUCCAUGAUAAGAUAAAACACUACAGCCAUCAGCUAUAACUCAGCACUAUCAAAUAUAAAAAAAUAUGCUAGUUGACCUCCUUAAGGUCAAGAUUGUUAUUUAGCAAGUUACAAACCAAAAAAAAAAAAAAAAGUUGAGAAAAAAGAAUGUAUUUAUCUCCAUAUGUGGCCAAUAAGUAUAUGUAAUUUUCCUGCUUGUUAAGUCAAGAUAAAGAAGGCAUCGUCUAUAAAUAUGAAUGAUUUUUUUACUUUUUAUUAUCAUAUGAAGAGAAGAUUAUUCAGGGUACAAUCCAAAUUGAAUUCUCUCGAAAAUGUUUAACUAAGUAACCAGUAAAAUAUUUUUCUGUUAAUUUGAAAGCUUGUGCUGAGCUUUGGUGGAACACCUUACUAUAUUCUAUUUAAAAUUCAGUAUCAUUAGAAGUUGAUAAAGUCAUCCCAAUUACUUUCAAAUAUGUGUUUUAUCUCUUCCACUGGAAAGUAAAUGUGUGUCAGUAUUAAAGCUGUGCAGUACCAUGAUACUCACUAACUUGUCCAUCUGCUUCUGUACAUUUUGUUCGUUAAUAAUUUGCUUACAAUAUUACAUGAGGUGUUGUUGUGUAUCGCAAAGUGUCUCCAUUAUCUUACAGGUGAUGUCUCUUCUUUUUUUCUCUCUCUCUUUUCUAUACAGUGUACUUCCAAUGAACCACAGUACAUAUUUUUUAAAAUGCCAUUUAAUUUACUAUUUUAAAAGAAGUAUUCUUUUUUUUAAAAAAAUGGGAAACAUUUAUUGUGAAUAAUGUGUUUAAAGAAAAGGGAUGUUGUGGCAGCACUUAGAAUUGUUUUUUUUUUUAUAUUUUUUUUUUUUUUUUUAAAUACAAAACUGUUUAUUGGCUACAGUUGGUUCACGAAAAAGUAUGACCUCUUAAUGUGUUUCAUUGGUAUUGUUAGUGCAGCAAAGUUUAAUUGGCAUAAAAAGUUGGUUAAUAGUACUGUUGAAGUGUGUAUUGUAUAUUUACUGGGGAAAAAAAAAACAUAUUCACAUUUCAAAUCUAUGUUAAAAGA